AGCUGACCUAGUACAAAUUCUAACACAAUUCUCUUUCCAAGCCAGAGUACACAAUCCAAAAAAUAUCUGCAAGAAUCACUGGAACCACUUGGAGAAUCCAACUUUAUUUUGAUGCACCCAAGUGUCAGAAGAGAAAGCCUUCAGAAACCAAGAAUGGUUUUAAAGCCACUGCGUCUCUUCCUGCUGCUGUUUCCUCUUUUGUUGCCCAGCUGGGCUGAAAGCCAAUCAUGCCUCACGUCUGCGUCCACCUGUAGCCAAUGCAUCCGGUCUGGUCCGCAGUGUGCUUGGUGCACUGUCCCUCAUUUGAAACUUCGCUGUAACACCGUAAAGGGGCUAAGCAGAGCAGGCUGUCUCACACAUUAUAUGUACAACCCUCAGGGCAACGUUCAAGUUACCAGGAAUGACAGCAGGACUCAGCCAACAGCAGAGACUCUGCACCUGCAGCCCCAGGAGGUGUCCCUCCGUUUGAGGCCUGGUGUGAGGCAGUCCUUCCCUCUUUCCAUCACCAUGGCCAGAGACCAUCCAAUCACAGACCUGAUUAUGGACACCAGCCCCGUGCCAGCUGGAUUCAACGUCACAUUAGGCAGCAUCAUACAUGGAUACAUGCUUGUGGAGGUGAAGGUGGGAGCAAACCUUUGUCUUGACUUAAAUCAGAAUCAGAACGGGACAGGGCCCUGGUCUGUCCACCUUUCACCAAGAGGCUUUCCACAAAGUGUCAAGUUGGUGAUAAAUUUGGAGUGUGAGUAUGAGCAAAGUGAGUGCGACUGUGCAGGAAACCGUGAGGAAAACAGUCCAACCUGCAACAGCCAUGGAGCUCUGGCAUGCGGCUCUUGUGAAUGCUACCCGCCUUACACUGGACAAAAAUGCCAGAUCGACACGGAAUCAACCUUUUCCAGAGAUGAGAAAUUCUGCCGCUCAGGACCAAAUGCCCCAUUUUGUAGCGGGAGGGGGACGUGCGAUGGUGGCUUCUGUGUAUGUAACAGUCGAGAAAACCCAGAAGAACGAUACAGUGGAGAGUUCUGUCAGUGCAGCAAUUUUGAUUGCCCGUAUCACAACAACAGAAUAUGUGGGGGCCACGGCAAGUGUGAAUGUGGACAGUGUGUUUGUAACAAAGAUUGGACUGAUGAGAACUGCGGUUGCUCCAUGGAUACCGCUUUGUGCAUGGCAUCAAACCAGCAGCUGUGUAAUGGUAGAGGCUCGUGUCUGUGCGGAACGUGUAUGUGUAACCCACCCUAUAUGGGCCCGACAUGCGAGCUUUGCCCUACCUGUUUGGGUCUGUGCCAGCAGCAUGCAGAGUGUGUGGAGUGCCGCGUGUUCGGAACAGGAUCCAAAAAAGACAGGUGUGAGGACGAGUGUAGCUACCUCAUCUUGACAAAGGUGCAGAGCAAAGAGGAUAUUUCUGCCCCUUGUAAAAUGAUUAGCAGAGAGGACUCUUGUUUCUUCUACUACAGUAUCUCCUACACCCCCUCAGGGACAUAUAGCACAGUAGCGGCUGAUAAAGAAUGUCGACAGACACUGGGGAAAUAAUCCACCAGCAUCAAGAAUGUACAGCACGGGCUCCUUUAAUAUCAUUUUAUGAUAUGUUUUUGUUUGAAAAUCCCUUCAUUUGAUUUUUUUGUCUUGAAAAAAACAAAAUAAAGUCAAUGCCCAGAAUGAUGCUUGCUUAUUUUGUUAAUUUUAGUGCAAUAUGUUACCAACCAUAGCAAGACAGCUACUGUUUUGUAUAGGCUGUUAUGUGUGCUACCAGAAGAGAUGUUAAUUUAAGUGUUCUAUAAAAAAAACUGACAAAAA